ACAAUAACCAAAGAGAAGAUGGCAAAGAUUUUAGGAUUAUUUCUGUUCAUAUUGGGACUCACAUUAUGUGCUGGUGCAAAGUGUUUUUGGAUCUUAUGUUCAACAUGGACAACUGGAAGGAAUUUUCCAAGAAAUUUGCAGAGGAUGCAAUCUUAAUACUGGAUUCACGGGAGAUAAUUAAAGGAAGAAAAGCUAUCUAUAAGUAUUUUUACCAAACUUAUGGUGGUUUGGGAUGGGAACAGAUAACAACAUCAAAUGGGAUCCUAGGUAACAAAUUUUGUCCAUACAAGUAUGGUACAGUAUCACUUCUCUUUGGAUCUGGUGAAGAAGUCUCGAAACACAGAUACGUGUGUGUGUUUUCAAGAGUGAAGAAGGAAAAGUAUGUAAUAAGCAUGAUGAUAACCAACAGAGAUUAUGAAGAAGAAGAUUACGAUUAUCGAAAAUAGGCUUUCAACAUUUCAAUAUGCUGUCGUGAGACAUCUCAAAUUGAUAAACCGUGAGACGAAUGAUGAAAUAAAAAUUGUUUUCAGAAA